AUGGUUAUUGAACAAUUGGAAUCUUUUUUUCCAAAUAUUAAAAAGAAAACAUGGGAUAAAACACCUUUAUUUAUAAAAAAGUAUUUAAUAACAUACUGGAACAAUAGGUAUGAAAGUUAUAUAUACAACUUGUGUGUAACUAGAAAUAAAUUAUUUGAACAAUAUAACUCAAAAAUUUUGGACAAGUUGAAACCUAGUAGACAUUUACCAGUAACUGAUUGGUAUAGACAGAAAUUAAGAGGAACAUCUGUCAUAGGAUUUCCAGGAUACUUUAGCCAAAGUAAAAUAAGCAAUUUAGAUAUUCAAUACAAUGAUGAAAUAGAAAUAUACUCAGGUAGUAAUGGUACUAAUAAAUAUUAUUAUUAUGAUCCUAAAAAGUGGAUAAGUGGCUUAAUUUUGGUCUUUAUUAUAUAUAAUUAUACUCAUAGAAGACCAAUAAUUCUUUGUAUAGACAGAAUAUCGAAUAGUUCAAGCUAA